AUGAGGCCGAACGGGCCAGAGCUGGCCGACAUUGAGGAGUUGAGGAAAGCCAAUAUUCAACGCAACAAAGCGCAUCUCAAAGAACUUGGGAUCCUUCAUAAGCCAGCCUCACGCGUGAGGAUAGUAGCAUCACGACAACCGUCAGCGAAGAAGCGAAAAAUCGAGUCACAAUUACCCUCGCGGUCUUCGGCGCGCAUCGCUGCGGCGCCUGCGAAAGCUGUCUACAAUGAAGAUGCAAUUGGGGAUGAGGUGGGACCACGAAGAUCUAAAUCUACAAAGAAAACGGUCAUGAAACCUACAGUCAAGACUGCCCUCCCUACCAGCGACCCUCCCUCUUCUGCAGACAUUUCCGAGGUACGCGCAGGCUGGAAAUCGUGGACUCAAGCGGCUUCCCUACCCAUACAAGACGAAGACACAACCUUUCGCUUUGCCGACUACCCUCUCUUCGUCCCAAAUAAAUCUCCAGAAGACAUGAUUCGCGAAGGUGUAUUUGGAGGCUCUUACUUCCGCUCUCUUUAUUCGCGUCAUUUACGCGCCACAAUCUCUGAUGACUGGGAUGAUAUACCAAAAGAAUGGUACACUGGACUCGAUAUUUCCCUUUUCCUCACCUCGCCCGACUACGACCCUGAAGUGAAUAAAUACAAAGUCAAGUGUGGGCAGUCAAUUGAAGAGUGGGAGGCAGCAGGAUGGAUAGACCAUCGCUACGACCCACGCGGCUGGUUUCAAUGGUACUGCCGCUUCUUCAUGGGAAGGAGAUGCGAAGAUGAUGAGAGGCAAAUUGGACGUUGGGCAAGAUGCGUGGGAGAGAAUGGGAGGUGGAGGAGGACAUUGCUGAAGAAGUACACUCAGCUGGGUGUCAGAGAAGUCUUUGAUUACGGCGAAGAUGAGGAUGCGCAGGACGUCAGCCCAGUUGUGCAUCAGACUUGUUUUCAGUGGGGUUACGAGUGA